AGAAAAUGAGGCGUUCCUAGCGGAGGCGGACACGACAGUCAUUUAUUUAUUCUCAGUGUUCCAAACCGUUCUAUUUAUUCGAUAUUUAUUCAGAGAAUGCUGUCUUCGAAGCGGAGCGAGAGUGACUGGCAAGGGCUGGUUAGCGAGUUCCUGGUGUGUAAGCGCAAGCUGGAGAGUAAGAAAGAAGCCCUCCUCAUUCUGUCUAAGGAGCUGGACACCUGUCAGCAGGAGCGAGACCAGUACAAACUGAUGGCCAACCAGCUCAGAGAACGUCACCAGGGGCUCAAGAAGAAGUACAGGGAGCUCAUUGAUGGUGACCCAUCUUUACCACCGGAAAAACGCAACCAGGUGAACCUUGCCCAGCUGCUGAGAGACUCCAAGGAGCGAGUGAAGCAGCUGACCGAGGAGGUGAAGGAGCUGACUCAGCGCUUGCUCGAGGCUCAGGGGGACAACAAGCUCCUUAGAAUGACCAUCACGCGACAGAGACUUGGGGAUGAUGAGGUAGGCGUCCGCCACUUCCCCGCCCAUGAACGGGAAGAUUUAGUUUGCCGGCUGGAAAGAGCAGGCCUUCAGAUGGAGGAGAUGGAGCACAACGCAAAGGCUCUGACGGAUGAGCUCCAGGACGUGAAGGCAGAACGCGGCGUCUACAGGGAGAAGGCAGAGCGCCUCAACGUGGAGCUCAACCACAUACUGGGCAACCGCGAGGCACGCAUCAUCGACCUGGAUGCCCUCUGCAUGGAAAACAGGUAUUUGCAUGAGCGUUUCAAACAACUACAAGAGGAGGUGAACCUGCUGAAAUCAAACAUCAUGAAGUACAAGACGGCAUUAGAGAGAAGGAAAAACUCCAGCAACAAUGGGAAAUCUAACAGUCCACUCACAGGUGUCCUCUCGGCCAAACAAGUCCAGCAGAUGCUCCUGGAAGAGCACGGCUGCAGCCUCCCCGCCACGCCGCAGUCCAUUUCUGACCUAAAGUCCCUGGCCACGGCGCUGCUGGAAACCAUCCACGAGAAGAACUUGGUCAUCCAACACCAACGCCACACCAACAGGAUCCUCGGAAACAGAGUGUCAGAUUUGGAAAGGAAGCUGAAGACGCUGGAGGUCGCAGGGUUUUGGAGUCUGCCAGGCCUGACCUACCGCAUAUCCAUUGGAAUCGGGAGGGCUCGGCACGACAUCACGCCUAAUGAAAACCUCCUGCCGGAGCUUUGUCCUACCCGGGAGACGACGUCACAGCAGCAACAUUCACCCAAAGCAUCGGGUGACGCAAGUUUAAAGGAAUCACAGUGGGAGUGUCACUCCAUCGCCAGAAGCCAUCUUUGUGCAGAUCGGCCCGAAAACCAAGACGCGAAAAGAAAUGGGAUUGAAAUGACAGGAGGAGGAGACACGGUGACGCCUCUGGAAGAGGAGGUGGAAGUGCGUAGUCCGGUGGAGGAGGAGGGGCGGGAGGUGAACGGCGCGGAGGAGGAGGAGGAGGACCUCGCUUCGACGGUGGAGGAGGGAGAGGACGCGGCGUUGGCAUUGGACGUUUCUCCCGAUGAAUCGCACCUUACAUGGCUUACGAUAAAACAGGAAUCAACCCACAACUCCCAGGAUACACCUGGAUUACCAUCAGCGCAGUGGGACAUCCGUUGUCAAUCGAGUGACACAUGUCAGAACUUGGCCUGAUUGUGAUAUCAUCAAAGACCCUGGUGAAAGAGGAUGAAAGACUUCAAACCAUCUAUCCUCCAGGAAGCCUUCCUCACCGUGCAAUUAGAUUAAUUCCCAUUCUUUGCUUUCUUCGUCGUCUUGAGGGAUGUUUAUGAAGUUAGCCACCUCUGUGAAGAUGUGCCUUAUAUGACAUCACCAAUUCAAAAAUACACUUUUAAAAGUUUCUGGUGUUCUAACAGUAACGUUUGUCCCGAGAGCCAGUUUAUGAGGGACAAAGAUAUCAUCUGCCUUACUUGUUUGCUCCACUUUUGAAACGUGGGCUUCGCUACACAUCUUAAAAUAAAGCUCUGUCAAAAAUCAGUCAGUACAGCCCGUUCGAUAUCUUAUAACUUAUAUAAUCUUACAGCAGGAUAUACACCGUACUUUACAUGAAGGUAAAUUCUUAUAAUACCCAAAAUAGGAUUUAACAAAAAGAAGCAGAAGUCUUCUAAAUAAAAAUAAGAAAGUUUAACUAGUAGGACUGUCAACAUAAGGACAUACCUCUUUUUCACCUCUCUUGUAACGCCUCUGCACUUUACUCUAAAACUUACAAACGGCAACUAAAUACAUGAUUUGUAACAUUUUCAAAAUGAUUUCAAUGAAAACAUGAACUUGUCAAUGUAUGAGCCCCUGGAAAUCCUGCAUGGGUGUACCAAGUGAAGUGAAACACAGUGUGUAUCUGCAUAUAUCUUUAUUUCACUUGAAACGCUGUAUAAUAGUCUUAGAUUAUGGUGGACAUGUGAAAAAACAAUUGCAUCUCUUUGUUUACCUCACAGUCUCAGUCUCAAAAUCUUGGGGAGGGGGGGACUACAAAUAUUCUUGAAAGGCGUGGCACUAAAGUAUAGUGUUAUGUUGCAUGACGUUACUGUUAAAGUGUGCCUGUAAUCUGUAGUUUAAAAUUAUGAAUAACUUAAUACAGGCAGAAAAAAGUGUAUUCAAGUGAACAAUAGUGCUUCUUGCAGGAGACAGGAAUAGACAAACACAGCUCAUUAGCAUUAAAGCUACAGACACACAAAAUGUGUUCCCAUUAGGGUUUACUCAAGGCGCUUUUAAAAUGUCUAAAUUCCAUCAUCAAGGCUUGAGUUUGUACAGCACAUUUUAUUGUGGCACCUCAUAUUUAAAAUGAAAAAAGUACUGUAAUAUGGGACCAUGCUAACUUUAGUAGGUGACAGCUGGUCUCUCCAUGCCAACAUCGAUGCCAUAACUGCUUACGCGGUACAAUUGCUAUGUUUUUAAUCCCAAAUGUGAGUGAUGGGAGCAGUGGCGUAAACCCCGAGCUUUGUUGGCGGCAGGCAGCUGAUUUGGCACACUCUUUUCCUCCCGCCCCAAAGGAGUUUAAACACCAGAUGGGAGUGAGAACUAAUGAAGUUGCAAGAUAAUACUGCAUCCUCGCAUGCCUUAAAGAAAGAUUUGCAUAUUUGUAAGGAAAAACGCACACACUUUUUUGGCAAAGAUGCUGCAGCUCUUGUGGGCCUUGUGUGACAUACAUUUUGUGUUUCACCUCCUUAGAUCUGAAUGUCAACACCAUAAUGGAAAUAAUGUGCCCAAAUAUUGUUUUUUUUUAAGAUGGUGCAAUAAAUUCCUCAUGU